AUAGAGCAGAGUGAGACCUCUUCUCUUUUUCCGCCUCUGUGGUCGAAGAGUGGUUUUAGCACCUGGUCACACCUGCCGGGUAACUUCUCACUUCACCUGAAAGAAACAACUUAAAGCAGUGAGCUCGUUUGUUACCGCAAAGAGACGGAAUAUUGUGUAUUGGGAUGUGACCGAGGUUAAAAGCAGGUAGGCUAAGUUUAAUCUACUGUUUAUGUUUCUCUGUGGUCAGCUUAGAUUAGAUAAAUUCUUCCAAAAAACCUGUCGAGUUGUUGAACAAGUUUGAGCUGUAGCCUCAAACCACAUUCCUUCCUGCUUUGAACCAGGCCCAUUCAGCGCUAUUGAUAGGACUGAGACAUUUUUUUGUUCACACUUCGACAUAUCAUAAAUCAUGCUUUUAUUUAAUACAUAACUGUUAUGAAGUGACAAACACAGGGACAGACUGUUGAAGUGUCAGGCUGUGAAAGUGUUGUCUUUGUGUCAGCUCUCACUUAAGAGUUUUACUCUCUUUUCUAACAACAACAACACUCUUGAAUCUUCCAGCUGUGUGGUGCAUGAGAAAGUCAAAGUCCAGGCAGAGUUGAUAACUCCAGUCAGCAGGAAUGUAGCUUUGUUUGUAUAACUUGUUAAUCCCUUCCUAGCUGGAUCUAUCAGUGUUUGCUGUUAAUUAUUGUCCAUACAGUUAGAGCUGUCAGAGGGAAGUAGUCUGGGGUAAAUUUGUGUAGCCUGGCUGAUAGUGGAGAUUUGUCUGCUUUGAUACUGACAGCACCGGUCUUUGUUUAUGACUUGUAUGUGUUUGUAGCAAACUGGAGGACUUUAUUUCAUGUUCAAUACUCAUGGUUGAUACUGGAAUAGGAGUUACAAUAAAUAGCUACACUUUUUAAAGUUAGUUGGAGACAAUCUACAUCCAGGUCAUUGCUAGAUAUCAGCUAAUCUGUUCCUCUUUAAAAUCUGAAAUAUUUUGGGGAAAAGUCAAUCCCAUUUAAAGAGUUUUGAAGGUGUGCCUUUAUAGUGGUUGCACAAUUUUGAGUAGCCAUUGCCAAGACUGAUAAAAAAGAGAGUAAGUGGGAGGAUAUCAAAUGCCAGAAUCUCAAGGUUCUUUGUUUGUUUGAGGAAACGUUUCAAUAAAUAAACCAGACAGUAAAAUGUCACCAGAAGAGGCUUUUGGAUUUAUUAUGUAUAUAUUGUGGUUAAAUUACCAUCUAGCGGAUGUUUGUAAUGUUAUUUGCUGACAUAGGGGCAUUCAAAAAAUGUGUUUCCAAAAGUUCUUUGUGAUGUCAGCCAUGUAAAAGCGGUAUCGAUAUGAUACCAUGACUACAAACUGUCAUUAAUCAGCCCCGAUUAAUCAGUCUCAAUCUCUACUUUGUACAGCUUCUUAUGUCUGGCUAAUGCUCCUUCAAAAAUAUAAUUUGCUGUAAUGAUCAGCAGAUAAAAGUAACGUACUUCAUGUUUGCUCUGGCAACACACUUGAAGCUCCUGUGAGGAACAUUUAAUUUGUGUCUUUGGACUGUCAAAUAUAUGAACACAUUAUGUGGAAAUUGUAAAUCCUUAAAGUUUGAUUUUUGUACACAGCAGCUAAAUGAACUUCAGUGUGAUCUUUAUGACGUGUGGGCAUGUGCAGGGGCAGGACAAGGGGAGCACACCCAUGAUUAACAGUGGACUUUGACUGAUUUCCAAGAGGCUGGCUUGAUUUAUCAUCGUCGUGACUUUUCCCCUCACAGGACGUUAUCUGCAAAUCCAAAGAUGAGUCCGAACAGCUGGAAGAAGCUUUGUUAACAGUCAAAAUCAAGACAGAGCAAAAAAAUUGAAUUUAGGAAGCCAAGAAUGUCAGGGCAAAGUGGUUUAGUCUCUGGCUUACCUGAAGAGGUGGCAUUUAUACCUGCAGAACCACAAACAGCACACAACCCACAAGAGACUGACGGUUUAAAGGAAACAAGAGGUUUUACAGACGAGGAGGAGGAGGAUGAAAAAGAAGAAGAAGAAGAAGAGGAGGAAGAGGAGGUGAUCAGCUCUGCUCGUUUGGAGCCGAGCACUUUACCGUGGCCUGGAGACAAAGACAAGAGGCCUCAGACAGAUGAUGACGGUGAGUCAGGGUCAGAGAAAAGAGUGUCAGAGCCUGAAGAGAGGGACACAGGGAUUAGCGGAGGAAGCCAGGACCUGUCAGAGGAGCAGAGCCAGGCUGAGAGUGACAGAAAGAGCAAAUCAAAGUGGAGGGAGAGCAUGCCCGAGGGAGAGAGGUGGAGGGAUGACGAGAUCGAGGUGCAGAGGGACGAUAAAGGAGACGGCUCACUGGCAGAUGAUGAACAUGAAGAGGAGGAGGAGGAUGAGGAAGAGGAAGAUGAGACAAACUGGAUGUCAGAGAAAGCCGCUAUGGGAUUCACUCCACUAGUGACGAUUGUGCGUCCAUCUAGCAAAGAGAUCCCCGAGGAGAGUCGACUCUUCAUAGAGGGAGACGACAAGAAUGACCCGCAGAUGGAGACAGAGCCAAUCACGCAGUAUCAGCCGGAGUGGACGGAACAGGACGACAAAUACUGUGAGUACAAGACAAAUGACUUUUCCUGUUGUGUCUGUUUACUCAAGUGUGUUUUGGUUUGUGGAAAGGGUGGGAUGUCACUUGUGCAUCCCUACUGAGCGGCCUCUGGCACCUAAAACCUCACCAGUGCAUUGAAGUCAGUGUUUAUUAAAGGGAUAUUUCUGUGUUAAAUUAAUUUAGGGUCAAACACACUGUAACACUGAGUUAGACACACCGUCGAGAGAUGAAUGUUGCUGACUACUUGCUCCUCUAGUUAUACCAACUUUAGUAACGACCACAGGAUAGCAAUACACAGCGGUCUGAGGAGCCAUAAACAAACAUCAACCAAAACACCACACUAUAGCCACAAAUAAUGCUCAGAACAGCACCUAACUUCAUCAACAAUACAUAUAGGGUCCCAACCACAGCACUAGCCACCAAACAUCUUUUUAUCUUUACCUGAUUUCUUUAGCAAAGAGACUAAAUACAACUCACCUACUCUCUUCCAGCAGCCGCUUGUUUGUAGUGAGACCUCAGGCCAGUCCAUUAAGGACUACAGCGGGGUGACGCAGCUCAAGGAAGAACAUUUAUGAUCAUUUCUUCAUGGAAAUGCAAUCAGACCGAGACGCUAAGGCAGAAGAACUACCGCGUCUGCAGAGCAAAAUGAUUAAUAUGGUGAUUAUUACUUCAAGGAAAUGAUAAAGUAAUGAUCAUAAAUGUUCUUCCUUGAGCUGCGUCACCCCGCAGCAGUCGGUGAUGGAUUGGCCUGAGGUCUCGCUACAAACAAGCGGGUGAGUGGGGGUGAGGGUGAGUUGUGUUUAGUCUCUUUGCUAAAGAAAUCAGGCUGGAACCCUAUAUGUCCUGUUGAUGAAGUUAGGUGCUGUUCUAAGUAUUAUUUGUGGCUAUAGAGUGGCGUUUGGUUGAUGUUUGUUUAUGACUCCUUAGACAGCUGUGUAUUGGUAUCAUGCGGUCGUUAUUAAAGUUGGUAUAACUAGAGAAGCAAGCGGUCUGCAACAUUCAUCUCUCAACAGGGUGUCUACAUUGUGUUUGACCCUAAAUUAAUUUUACCCUGGAAUAUCCCUUUAAAGAGGGUAUUUUAGUACAACUGGAGGAGUCUGAGUCCACCCGUAUUCACAUUCAAUAAAAUAAACAACAACAAAGCCCUUUAAUGCAGUUUCCAGCACACGUCAGUCUUCUGUUUGUUAUUAUCCAGGCAGGUUAGGAUGUUUUCUGAAGCACACUUCCUCUCAGUAAAGUGAGUAAAAUAAGUGAGACAGCACACUCACAGACCCUCUGUCCUUGAUCAGAUGUAAUUAAAUGUCUUUGGAUGAAUCAUGCUGUUAUUACUCAGAUCUCUUUUCCUCCUUCAGACCUGUGCGAACAACUCUGCAGUGAAAAACUGAGGCUGGCUCUGGCGAUGGCAGCUUCAGUAAUCCUCUUCCCUCUGCUAGUGUGGGGGGGUCAUGCCUUCCUGCCCUUUGACCCCCCUCUGCUCGGGAGCUCCCCACUCAGGGUGGUGUACACACUACGCUGCUCCUUCUUUGCCACUAUUCCCAUCCUGCUUGGUAAGCUCACUGUGUGCCCAUAGGUUUGUCAUAUGUUAAUACAAGCUCUUAUGAUGGACACGCUCAUCAUCUUCAUCGUCAUGUCUCUGCAGGUGUGGUGGUGCAGGGCGUGGCCCGGCUGCGGUACAGCACUCUGAAGCCCCUCUAUCAGAAUAAACUGGUGCACAAAGAAGUGGCCGUGCACUGGCAUUAUGUCAACGAAUCGCUCGCUCUCUUCUUAUUCUUCUUCCUGCAGCUUGCCGUCAUGGCAACCUACGUUAACCAGGACCUGAUCAAGUUGGUGCCGCUGCUCACCAUCAUAUUUGUGUUUGGCAGGUAUGUGUGUUCAUCUUUGUCAAACUACAAGUAACUUUUGAAUGUACACCGUGCUUGAGAAAAAAACACACAAAAAACAAGGUCAUGUGCAACGCAACACAAUAAAACUGAACAAAUAAACACGGUGUCACCAGAUUAAAUAAACUGUCACCCUUGAGGAAACAUCCUGUUAACACCUGCGUAUUUUGAUGUGGGUAAAAAACCAUCUGCCUCCACCGAGAGAACAAACAGGCCUCAGUCAGACACAGAUGUUGUUCAGUGCCGAGAAAACUUUGUUUCAGUUCGUCUUCCUCACUUCACUGCAUGAGGGGAAAACUGCCAGGGUGGAUGUUUAAUCUUUAAUAGAUGACAAAAAAGUUUUAUCUUUGUUUAUGAUCUUGAUGCUCAGUCAAAUCGGCAGUUUCUUCCUCUUGUAUUCCUCCAAAACCACUACUUUACAGGAGGUCAACAAAAAAAAAGAUGUUUUCUGUAUAAUGAAACACUGAGAUUCAACCACAAGUGUUUUAACAUACGAUAAACAUUAGACAAGCAUACAUGAAGAUGAUAUAUGGAAAAAAAAGAAAUAUGGAGGUGAAAGGCUUCUCCUUUUUGUCUGUGGUUGACAAAGUUGAUCAGCGAGUAUCUCAUUGAAUUUUUUGAUGCAGUCGCAGCUUUUCUUGCCAAAUGAUCUCGUUCAGCCAGGAUAAAACCGGUCUGACCAGGAAUAAGAUUACAUAACCAAAAGAUGAAUUCACCACCAUGAGAGUCUGUUUUUUUUCUUCCUUUUAAUGAAUCCUUCCUUCUUUUCUUUCCCUUCUUUCCUUUAAUGCAUCUUUUGUUUCCUUGUUUUUUUGUUGAUAUGCCUCUUCGUCAGAUUGUCUUUUUCGUCUUCUGGUUUUUAUUUUUCAUUUUACUUGCAGUCUUUGUUUUUCUUCCUGAGUUUUGUCUUUCAACAUUGUUGUUCUUUAUCCUUAUUUUUAAAGUCUUAUCUUUUAUUGUGAGGAAGAAGAUUACUCAACAAAACUAACAAUAAAUCAGAGAUAACUUAUCAUGUGAAGUAAAUAAUCAGAUAGAAAACACGGCUACAUUACAGUACCAUAAAAUUGUCUUCAUGAAUGUUUAUUUAUUUGAUUAUUUUUAUAUAACUUGUUUUUUUGUAUUUCUAUUUUCAGUUUUUGGAUCAGUCUAAAUUAUGAAAUCAUCUUGGAUUCUGUAAAAAUGAAAAAACACCAUAAGGGUUUCUAUUAUUUGUUCAUCAUAAUAGCUUAACUGCAAAUUUGUGUUGCUAAACUGGAGAUCAUUGUUAGACACCGAAUGAUUCAGUAAUGAUUAAUAUUAUUAACAUACCUACGGAUCUCUCUGUUCAGAUGAGAGUCUGAGUGUUUCAAUCUGUAAAAAAAUGAAACCCGUUAGGGAGGACUAUAUCGUAUAAAUCAAACUCUGGAAACCUUUGUGUAUCUUUGCCAUGAAUGCUGUGAGCUCUGAUAAGUUAGUCCAGCAGAAUCAAUCACACCAUGAAGAGAGUUAUUAUAGUUAAAAGCAUCUGCUGAGAUAUUAAUCUAGAUCCUUCUCCAUGAAGCACACUCCACAAAGACUGAUAAAGAGCUUAUUCAUUUUUAAUAAGCUAACUCAGAGAGAGGAAAGGUGUGGCCACUGGUUGAGAUCGAGAUCACGUCUUUUUGUCUCUAUUUUCUAAAAAAAAUGAUUUAUGAGGUCUAGUUAUUAUCAUUAUUAUUUAAUGUGGUUUUUGUGUGUGUGCUGCAGGCUGAUCUACUGGCUCUGCCUCUCUCUGGGCAGCACCAUCAGAGGCCUCGGCUUCGGCUUCUCCUUCCUCCCCAUACUGGUCAUGUUAGGAGCCAACCUCUACUACGUCUGCUCGUCAGCGGGACAGGGAGCGGUGUUCGAUGUAGCCUCGCCCACCACAGCUCCUCCUCCGCGGCGCUGGUGGGGUUAAAAGGCGACAUCCAAACUGGCUAUGAAGCGUCAAGAGGAGAGAGAAAGACAUUUAUAAUUUGACAGACAACUUGACUUUCUCAGAAGUUGUUUUCUACAAGAUUUCAGUCUCGAUUGAUCAUAUGAAGUUCCCUUUAUUACUACAGCAAACUUAGCAGCUUCUUUUUUUCCAUUAUGACAACUACAGUUAAACGGGCGCCAUAUUAGAAAUGCUGAUUCUGACUAAGAACAGACACACCAAGUAUCAGUCAACUUGGCCUGGCUCCCAGUUGAGCAAAUCUACGCAACUCUUAGUUCUGAUUUAUGCAAAACAGAGAAAUUAACCCCUUCCUGCCUGUGUUUACAAUAAAGAAAUCAGUCAUUCAGACUUUUUCUCUAAAGAGGUUCAAUUCUGCUGCAAAACUGGAAAUAUUAACAUCAUUGUUGAAGGUUUCUUCUUGACUUUUGCUGCCAGCCUCAAGCGGACACUCAAUGAACUGCGUUUUUUUACACUUUGACUUUUUCCCUUCCCAGAAAUGAAUCUUCUUCUAAUAUUUUGACAUAAACACGAGGACAGGAACAGACGAGUGUCGUAUUUAGUUUUUAGAGGAAGUUUAAAAAGACUAUAAACACCAACAGAAGCUCUGAUCUGCAUGUGAAUGAAACCUCCACAGACGUGCUUUUCUCUCUGAGUUUGUGUUUACACAUUUGUUUUGAUCUGUCAUUGCGAAUCUUUUUAAAGGGCUGUUCCGUACUUUGUCUUGAGCUGUGAGUCUCUCUUCAUAUAAUACAGGUGAAUGAAGUCUGAAAAUUACGUUGUUGAAGUAUAAAGAAUAUAUUAAAUAUUAUGGGUAAGUAAUUUUAUGCCCUUUCUUAAUCCAUGUAAACACUGAUUUUUUUUCUACGAACAUCCUUUUUUAUUUUGUCACAAACCUGAUGAUAUUGUUAAUCUUAAAAGCUGAUAUUUAUAAGACUUUUAAAUGCAUCUGUGUUUUAUUAAUGAACAACUUUUCUGUUUAUCAGCUUUUAUCAUUUUGUAAGUCCUCUUUCUUUGUUUUGAGGGAUUUUUAACUCUAAAAUUUAACAUCAAACUCAUGUUUUGGAUCUUGAAUAUGUUUAAUAAAGAUCUAAAAAUAUUUU